AUGUCUCUCACCUUCAGCACUCCCUUCUACUCCCUCACCGACUUUGACCGCCUCUUCGAUGAGGCCUUCAACGCCCGCGCAGGCCCUGUUUCCCGCCGGGCGAGUCUGCCGUCCGAGUCAUGCGUCCGAAGUAAGAUGGACCUCCAUGAGGACAAGGAGAACAAUCUCGUCACUGCCACUUUCGAGCUCCCGGGUCUCACGAAGGAGGCCGUGAGCCUCGACGUGCGCGACAACGUGCUCAGCGUCUCGGGUGAGUCCACAAUCUCGGCCGAGCGCGACGAGAAGGGCUACGCGGUGCGCGAGCGCCGCUUCGGCAAGUUCUCGCGCGCGGUUCCGCUUCCUCAGGGGAUCAAGCCUGAGGAGAUCAAGGCGUCGAUGACCGACGGUGUCUUGACCGUCACCUUCCCGCGCACCACGCCCGAGCAGGCGCCGCAGAAGGUCAAGAUCGACUGA